AUGGCUACUCUCGCAGAGCAUCCCAUGCAACCGACUAUCAACCCCGCUUAUGACCAAGAUCUCGACUCCUUCAUCAACUUCGAUCAACUCGCCUACACAUCCGCCGACCCCGCCCGCCCCAAGGUCGCCCUCGCCAGCCAACCUUCUAUCGCUGGGACCGACUUCAGCACAAGCGACGCUCGCAGCGCCAGUUUCGCCUCUAGUGGUCAAUCACCCAUGGCCUUCCAGGCCCCUAGCCACCACUAUGAAGAGCACCGCCAACAAACUGGGUUACCCCCUGGCGCCCUGGCCAUGACCUACAACCAGCAGCAGCAGCAGCAGGUUACCCAAAUGGGCUUCGGAAACCCGAACCCCGGCUAUCCCAUGAACGGCGAUAUGUUCCCACAACAGAUGAAGCGCGAGGACGCUUCCUUCGAUUUCAACACAGCCCCUGCCCGUAACCCAUCUGAGAUGGAGAUCGAGUCCGACGGCAUGACCAACACCCCUUACUACUUCCCCAACAACGCGAACAAGAACCAAUACAUCGAUCCCAACGCGCUCGGCGGCCAUGAGCUGGCUCAGGCUGGUCCUUCCACUCAGGUCGGUCGCAUGUACCCUGGUAUGCAUCAGCAGCAGGCUGCGAUGGCCAAGGCGGCGGCUCAGCAACAGAAGCAACACGAGAUGGUGCACCAGCAAGUUCCUCAGCGCCGUGUGGAGGAGAGCCCUGGUGCCCCCUCCAACCGCGGUUCCCGCCAGCCGGAUCCUGUUGUUGAGGAGCGCAUUUCUCAACUUCUUCACCAGAUGCGUCAAAAUGCCAUUGCUAACGGCGAGGCCUCACCGUCCCCAUCUUCCGGCAUGCCUCACAUGGCCAAGGCCAAGAAGGAUGAGGCUGAUAUGGACGAGGAUGAGCGCCUGCUCGCCAGUGAAGAGGGAAAGAAGCUGAGCAGCAAGGAGCGUCGCCAAUUGCGGAACAAGGUGUCCGCCCGUGCAUUCCGCUCUCGUCGCAAGGAAUACAUCGGUCAGCUUGAGAGCGAAAUUUCCUCCCGCACCAACGAGGCCCACGACCUUCGCAUGCAGAACCGUGCCCUCUACGAGGAGAAUGCCCGCCUGAACGAUCUCGCCCGUAUGCUCCUGGGUUCGCCCCAUUUCUCCUCUUUCCUGAGCGACAUGCCCGAUGCCGUUGCCCCCCAGCAGCCCCAGCAGGCUCCUGUGCCCAAGGAGGCCGCCGCUCCUCGUCCUCAGGAGUUCCAGAUGCAGCAGAACCCCCAAACCAACAUGAUGAUGGUUCCCCAACAGGGUAUGGAUGCCUCCAUGGCGAUGAACAACGGUGGCUGGAACUCCGGUAUCGACAUGAACUUCGGCAACGCUUCCGUCUUCGCUGUUCUCGAGGUUCCCGAGGGCCCUGCUCUCGAUGCUGAGGCUUUGUCUGGCAAGCCUUCCUCCCCGAUCGACCUCUCUGAGGGAUCCUCCAAGAACGAGGUCCCUGCUCUGGUCCGCCCCGAGCAGUCGACUGAGAAGUCUGAUAUCGGUGUUGCCAACCCCGAUGUGGAGAUUGACGAGUCCGACCCUGCCUUUGCUCUCUUCCUUGAUUCCCCGCCUGUCGCUAUUUCUUCCGAUGUCCCUGCCUUCGACGGUGUUCAAUCCGAGAAGGCUUCUCAAUUUGAGCUGGUGGUGGACUCUACCGAAGUCAGUGCCUCGGCCAAGAGUCGAUUCAACUCCUUCUGCAACAACAUGGAAGCCGCUUUCCAACGAGUGUCUUCCGUCACUUCUCAUCUUCAGUGA